UGCCAAAACACUUUGCCAUUCUUUGUUCUCUUUCUGGCUUCUGGAAACGUUUUCCACCAAACAGUUUAUCUGAACUGCUGGUUCUCAGAAGUGAACAAAGUUUCAGCUUUAUCCACACACAAGUUUAGAAGCUCUAGUUCUGAGGUGAGAGAAUGCUUGAGCAUGUGAAGCACAAGUUUGAUGUGCAUGGCAGUUAAGUAGUCUUGGAUAUUCAGAGUGCAGCAUGUGAACAUUGGCAGGUGAUGUGGGAAGUAUUGAUUUAGAAGGUAGUGACUUGUAUACUGAGAUGAGCACCUUAUCACUAAUUGCUGGAAACUGUGGAAGAGGAAAAGGACAUCGAUUUUCAGGAAGGGAUCUUUUUUCUAGUGAGUUGCUUGGAAGCUCAUUUACAAGGGCAAACCAAAUAUUGUCCAAGGAAAUCUAUAGGAACAAAAGUAGGAACAAGCUCCGUAUUAUUGCGAAAAUUAAAAAGGGAAAGAAGUAUGAUUAUCCAUGGCCUGAUGACAUGGAUAACAUCAGCAGUGGACACUUGAGUUACCUCUCUCAUUUCAAGCCACUGACUGAAAAACCAAAGCCAGUUACACUUCCCUUUGAGAAGCCACUUGUUGAUCUUGAGAAAAAGAUCACUGAGAUACGUAGAAUGGCUGAUGAAACUGGUCUAGAUUUCAGCAAUCAAAUUGGUCAACUGGAGAACAAGUAUCAACAGGCCCUGAAAGACUUGUACAAACAUUUGACACCAAUUCAACGUCUAUCUAUUGCUCGACAUCCCAACAGACCAACAGUUCUUGAUCACAUUUUAAAUAUGACAGAGAAGUGGGUGGAACUCCAUGGAGAUCGUGCAGGCUAUGAUGAUCCAGCUAUUGUUACUGGUCUUGGUAGCAUAGAUGGAAAAACCUACAUGUUUAUAGGUCAUCAGAAAGGUAGGAACACGAAGGAGAAUAUAUUUCGAAACUUUGCAAUGCCAACUCCACACGGUUAUCGGAAGGCACUGAGAAUGAUGAAAUAUGCUGAUCAUCAUAAAUUUCCGAUUGUUACAUUUGUUGACACUCCUGGGGCUUUUGCUGAUCUCAAAUCUGAGGAACUUGGCCAAGGUGAAGCAAUAGCACAUAAUCUUAGGGCCAUGUUUGGCCUGAAAGUGCCAAUUGUAACAGUCGUAACUGGUGAAGGUGGUUCAGGUGGGGCUCUAGCCAUUGGUUGUGCGAAUAAAAUGUUUAUGCUGGAGAAUUCUGCUUUCUAUGUUGCAAGUCCUGAAGCAUGUGCUGCAAUACUGUGGAAAUCUUCCCAAGCAGCUCCUAAGGCAGCUGAAAAACUAAGGAUAACAGCUCAAGAACAUUACAGACUGAAAAUUGCUGAUGGUAUCAUCCCUGAGCCUCUUGGUGGUGCACAUGCUGAUCCUGCAUGGACUUCCCAACAAAUCAAGAAUACAAUUGUCGAGUCAAUAAAGGAAUUGGAAGAGAUGAACACAGAAGAGUUGCUAGAGCACCGGAGACUAAAGUUCCGGUCUAUAGGAGGGUUUCAAGAAGGCAUUCCAGUGGAGCCUAAGAGGAAACGCAACAUGAAGCCAUCUGAGAUUAACAUGCCAAAGGCUGCUGAUAUAGAAUCGGAGAUUGAGAUAUUAAAGAAGCAGAUCCUAGAAGCAAAGGGACCUUCUGAUCCAAUUACAAGCCAAACAAUUGAAAAACUCAAGCAUGAUGUAGACAAGGAGAUCACCAAUGCAUUUAUAUCAAUGGGAUUGCAAGAGAAGCUAGAAGCAGUACAGUUGGAGCUAUCUACCGCCUCACAAGACACACCAAGUCAAGCCCUCAAUCGUAGCUUGAAGGAGAAAGUAGACAAGAUAAUGCAGGAGUUUAACCACAACUUGUCGCGGCCGGGGGCAUACCUUGGACUCAAACAGAAGCUUGAAAAUCUAAAUUUGGUAAGUCGGAUCAUUGAGACAGAGGAGAGGAAGAAGAAACUGAAGGCCGAGAUUAAUCAGAAAAUUCCAGCUGAGCUAAAAGCCAAGAUGGAACUUCUGAAGAGUGCUGAAGAGAAGAUAUCCAGAGGAGAAACAAUGGAUAAGGAUUUGAUUGAAGAAGUACAGGGAGUUAAGCAAGAGCUUGUAGAAAUAUUAAAGGCAGCUAACUUGGAGGUUGUUGGGGUGACUAAGAAGAAUGUGGCCACCGCACCACCAGAGUUGAAGGGAAAGAUAGAGAAGGUAAACAAGGAGAUUUAUGAGGAAAUUGAGUGUGUCACAAAAAAAACUGGUAUCAGUAGAAACAUAGAAGACCUGAAGGCGGAUAUAGAGAAAGGCGCAAGCUCAGAAGACAGAGAGAAAGCAGAAGCAAAGAUAAAGCAGGAGAUUCUUGCUACUUUGGAUGUAGAAGCACUAAAAGAGAAGGUUGAGAAUUUGGCAGCGGAGCUGGGUCUUCCCAAGGAUGGUGAUACAGACCAUGAGAAUGUGUUGUAUUCGGUUUUCAAUCUUCAUUUGGAACACGCUAUCCAUCCUAUUGGCAUGGGAGCACAUUUGCAGACGCCACCAUACUGUCAGCUUCAUGAUGAUGGUCAACAUCAGCAGUAUAAUUAG